UUCGCAAAGGACUGCGGUUUUUAGUGCCGAGUAUUUGUUAUCAGAUAUAUAAAUUGUUAAUAAGGCGUCUGGCCAUCGCAUAAUACCAGUCUCGCGUACGCCGACUAACGGGCAGGAAGUAUCAGUGCGGUUACAGUUACAAAAUUCCUCUCAUCCAUUAACAAGAUAUAAAAUAUUAUGGAGGAUCUAAGUUUCGUCCCAAAUCUCCCGAAUGGGCCCCUAGAUGCGUAUAGAAAUAGAGCUUCAUUUGACUGGAAACGACUUAAAUUGGCUCUUGAGGGGGAUAUUGAUCUACUCAGACUUAAGUACAAAAUAUGGCACACGCUGGAGAACGAUCCGCUCUUCGCUCCCAACCCAGUGACGCCGCCCGUGGAAGAACAGAAGAGAAUCACACAGCUGCAACUACAGAAGAUAAACCAGUACAAAUUUUUGAGCAACGAGAUGUUCAACGCCAGUUAUGGGAAACGGACGCGAACACUAAUGACAAUCAACGAAGCGGUCCAGUCCCUCGCGCCCAGUGUUUCCGUCAAAAUGGCGAUAGGCAUAUAUCUCUUCUCGAACGCUCUGCUUUCCCUGGGCACGGAGAGACACUUGAAGUUCUACGAAGCUACGAUUAAGGAUAGAAAGAUCCUCGCAAGCUUCGCGCUCACGGAGAUAGCGCACGGUUCGGACGCGCGACUCAUGCGCACCACAGCAACGUACGACGCGCACGCGCGCGAGUUCGUCAUACACACGCCCGACUUCGAGGCCGCUAAAUGCUGGGUUGGUAAUCUAGGCAGAACCUGCACGCACACAUUACUAUUCGCGCAAUUAGUGAUGCCAGACGGUACGAAUCAUGGUUUGCACGGGUUCCUCGUACCCAUCCGUGACCCGAAGACACUGGAAGUGUAUCCUGGACUGAUCGUGGGCGAUAUGGGCGAGAAGAUUGGCGUCAAUGGCAUUGAUAAUGGAUUCAUAAUGUUCAACAAAUACCGGAUACCGCGGGAGAACCUGCUCAACCGAACAGCUGAUGUGACAGAAGAUGGCGUGUAUGAAAGUUCCUUCUCAGAACCUUCUAGAAUACUUGGUGCUGCACUGGAAAAUCUUUCAGCUGGUCGUAUCGGCAUAAUGCAAGAGAGCUGCCACUCGAUAUCGAGCGUGGUGGCCAUCGCGGUGCGCUACGCGGCGACGCGCACGCAGUUCGGCGAGCGGGACAACGAGACGCCGCUGCUCGAGUACGAGCUGCAUCAAUGGCGUCUAUUCGGCUAUGUCGCCGCGGCAGUCGUGUUCCGGCUGUACCUGCAGAACUUCACACAGACGUAUCUCAAGAUAGUGGAGAAGUCGAACACUGGACAUAGAGUUGAUAACUUGAGCGAAGCAGUGUCAGAAAUUCACGCAAUGGUAUCAUGCAGUAAGCCAUUACUGACCUGGACUGUGUUAGAAGCGGCACAGCAGUGUCGGGAGGCGUGCGGGGGCCACGGGUAUUUGAAGGUGGCAAAUCUAGGUGACAUACGAAGCAACCACGAGCCCACAGUCACAUACGAGGGCGAUAACAACGUGCUCUCACAGCAAACAGGCAAUUGGCUACUGAAGCAGUAUGAAGCAGUACUAUCCGGUCAUAGUGUGGACUCGCCGCUUGGAACAGUGUCGUUUUUGAAGGAGUUCCGAACUAUAUUGGGACAGACCUUCGACUGUAAGAGCACGGGAGAACUGAAGAAUUCGAAAUUCAUAAUAUCCACAUACAAGUGGCUAAUCUGCUGGAUCCUAAAGUACACGCACGAGAAGAACGAAGCAGAACUAGCGAAGGGGCUCACCAAAGUACAAGCGAGGAAUCGUAGCCAAGUAUACCGGUGGAGGACAUUAACCAGGGUCUACGCGGAAUACCUGGCUCUGGUCUACUGCCUGGAAGCCAUAGAGAAACUAGAGAAGACCCUCGUCCCAGUGCUAGAAAGACUCUUCUGUCUCUACGGUCUAUGGGCUUUGGAUAAGCACUUAGUGGAGAUGUACCAGGGAGGGUUUUCGAAAGGAGAGGACUUGGCCAAACUUCUCCGGACGGCCAUCUUGGAAUUGUGUGGAGAUUUGAAGGGAGAGAUUGUCAGUGUGGUGGAUGCGCUUGCGCCUACUGAUUUCGUGCUGAAUUCCGUUUUGGGGAGGAGCGAUGGAAAGUUAUACCAGAACCUCCAAAAAGCAUUCUUCAGUCACCCAGGAGCGUUUGAACGCGCCAAGUGGUGGCGGGAUGUGGUCUCCAAGUUAUAAGUCCGAUACACGAAUACCGACCGUCGGUGUAUGUAUUAUAGUUCAAUAUCGCUUGCGGGAAUCCUGAAGGUACAUGAUCUUUCGUUUGACGUCUUUUUUGGUGAAACUUUGAGAUUGGUGAAGAAAUAAAGUACAACUAUUUCGUAGCUUAUGACAUUUCCUAGUUAGUUUAUUAUUUAUAAAACUGUCGAGUCUUUUAAAUUGAAUUUAGAGGUAUAGAAUCAUACAUCUUACAAUUUGAUUUUUUUUUGGGUUACACUAAAUUAAUUUGCGCACAGAGAAUUUGAGUAAUGGUUGUUUUUUGACAAAAUUAUUUGUGGUUAAAAAAAUAUGCGUGUGUAAAAUAUGUAUGGCGCCCGUCCGUUGAAAGAUCGACUUUAUGAAUAUUCCAUAUAUUUAUAAUAUUUUUUAUAUGGCCAGUAAAUACUUUAGGAUUCCACGCAAGUGUAGAGGGAAUAUACCAAAUUUUAGCUGCCAUUGUUGACAGACCGUUUAGACAAGUUUUUUUUUAAGUUUAAGUGUUUUUUUAAUUUAUCUGUAUUUUAGAUAUUUUUCCUUUUUUCUGCAUUUGCAGUGAUUUUUUUAGAUUUUUUUUUUGUAUUGUUGCAAUGUAAUGUCGUUCCAAGUAUAAGCAUUUGUUAUAUUAUCGUUUAAAUGUAUUCUGUAUGUGAGGAAUGUUAUGUAAAUAUCAUUGGGCGAUAAUUUUUUUGCAAUUGAAGUAAAUUCUGAAAAUAAUUUGAGUACAUUAUUGGGGAAGCCAAGAAAUCGUUAAAAAAACAAUAUUGAAAGGGCUAGAAUUUUUUUUUUCUUCUGUAAAAUAUAAUAGAUGUGUCCAUUUCUUCAUAUUAAUAAAUUUAAUAAUGUGACAUGUGUCUCAAAACUGUAAUAACAAAUAAUGAUAGUAUUUGGCUAUAAUAAUAAAUGAUUGGUGUACUUAACUCCCCUUUAGAUUGAUCCACUUCUCUCAUUAAAAAUGAAAUACAUUAGUUUUGAGUAUAUGCGAGGACGAUUUGACAUCUUAAUUAAUGUUUUCCAAAUUUAUACUUUUGUCUCAAAAUAGCGUAAGUUAACAAACACAAAAAGUUCAUAUUUUUGUAUUAUUUGUAUUACAGUCCGUGCCAAUAAAAGACCGCUAUUAAAUAAAUGAUCGCGUUGUCUCUGUUACACAUAGGUGGAUUAUAUGACUGUCUCUCUCGCACUUAUGGAACGGUUUAUGAAUGUGUUCGUUUUUUUAUUGGCACGGAUUAUAACUUAGAUGUAGAUGUU